AAAAAAAUAGACAGCUCAUCAAAUUCUUCACGCGCCAACACAACAGACCGUUGUGCCUUUUUAUCUCAGCGAGUUAGAUCCACGCCCCUCGUUGAGCGUCCCAAAAAAACUCCCGAAUAAAUAUCCUCAAACGGCGCCGUAACGGAGAAAGAUGACCUGUCGAAAUCUCAGUAAAUACGCGGAGCAAUAUCAGCCGUCGAUAAUCAAAUUCCAGCUGGAAAAACCUGGGCAACUAAACCAACUAAACCGGGCAGCUUCACAUCUGCCCGACCUCUUUAAAUACCCCUCACCACAUUUCAUGAUAGAAAACCCUUAAGCUAAGCAAAUUUCAAAGCAUUUCAAAAACCCUAGCCUAUCUCUCUUUAUCUCUCACAACAAAAUCUUUGAAAUGGCGAUCUCUAAGGCUUCCAUUGUUGUUCUCAUGAUGGUGAUUAUCUCCGUCGUUGCAUCGGCACAAUCUGAGGCACCAGCACCAAGUCCUACUUCUGGAUCUAGUGCGAUCUCAGCGUCUUUCGUGUCAGCUGGAGUUGCAGCAGUCGCGGCUCUUGUUUUUGGCUCAGCUCUUCGGAUCUAAGUUACUGUGAUGGUGAUUUCGUACAGAGAUUGUUUUUGCGGUAUAGGCCAUUCAUCAUUAUUCGUCGUCUCGUGUGUAUUCCGAAGCAGCUUAUAGAUCUCAUUUUCUAUUUGUCCCUCUUCUUCUUCGUUUUCUAUCUUAAUCUUCAUAUCUGUAUGAGGAUAUUACUAUUUCUUUUUAGAGUAUUUGUGGUUUUGUGAUUUUCUAGACGAUUUCUUAGUUAUGCGAUAUGGUUUUUGAUAUGAUAUGAAUCUUAUUCUAUUUAUUUAUAUGGAUUUCUCUUGAGAUUUCUCUUUUUUCCUUAUGCUAAAUCAUUUCUCAAGCAUCUGGUUCUGCUACGAUUCAUAGUUCCUGGAGAAUCAGAAUAAAUUCCAACCGAUCUAAAUCGAAUGAAUCCAACUAAAAUUGAACUGUAAUCCAAAAGCGAACUUUAAAUUUAUUCAAAACAAUUAUAUUUGAG